AUGCACAAGCUAGUUGGAAAUAUUCCUUUUGGACAUCCACUGCUACUACUGCUGCUACUUUUACGAACUUCCGAUGGCAGUCCAGCAGAGCCAGCCCAGCAGGCUCGCUCACAAAAGAAAGCCCCCUUCGCAUCUGGUGGUCUGACACACGCCCUGGAGCAUGGAUGGACGGGCAAAACAAGCAAGGGCAAGGGAGGGCCCCAUGGUUCUCCGUCUAGCCGUCUCAGCGGUCCUGGUCCUGGGCCGGAUUGUCGAUGCGCUCGAAGCUCGAGAGUAAUCUAA